GGAAAUGACCUGUUCAGGCUUCCGGUUCGCAGGCGGCCGAAAAUGGCACUGGUCACCGCCGCGUUACCGGCUCUGGCGAGGGCACUCACUCUGCCAGCCCGCAGCCUCACUUGGCCUGUGCUUGGCACCACCACAUCCAGGCGCUUUUACAGAGGUGACAGCCCCACAGAUUCCCAGAAAGACUUGAUUGAAAUCCCACUGCCUCCGUGGCAGGAGCGGACUGAUGAAUCCGUAGACACCAAAAGAGCCCGCCUGCUGUAUGAGAGCAGAAAGAGGGGCAUGUUGGAGAACUGCAUCCUCCUUAGCCUGUUUGCUAAAGAACAUCUGCACCGCAUGACCGAGAAGCAGCUGAACCUCUAUGAUCGCCUGAUUAAUGAGCCCAGUAACGACUGGGAUAUUUACUACUGGGCCACAGAAGCCAAACCAGCCCCGGAAAUAUUCGAGAACGAGGUCCUGGAGCUGCUGCGAGACUUUGCCAAAAACAAGAACAGAGAACAGCGCCUGCGCGCCCCCGACCUCGAGUACCUCUUCGAGAAGCCGCUCUGAGCUGCCCCACUGCCCUGCCACUUGCCCCUCUCCAGGUGUGCCUGCCUGGGCCUUGGGGCCUCUGCCUCGGACUUCCUGCUGCUCUGACACCAAACGCCCUUGCAGGGCUGUCUGUGUGACUCCUAAACACUCCGGGCCCGCUCCAGUAUUGCUGCUUUACCUGGCCUCUGCCACAGGGGGGCACUGUGGGCAGAGGGAUGGCCCUUGAAGGGACUUCCUCAGGUUCUCUGCUAGUAAACACUGGGGGCCAGCCCCAGCCCCCCCUCCAGAGAUUCAGAGGCACAGUGGCCGAAUGAAGGCCAGCCAGCAACCCUGACAUCCCCUCCAGCUGGGCCCCGGAGGUCUCUGCAGAGUGAGGGUGACUGUGCUAGAGGACACUGAAGAGGGACAUCCUCCAGGCCCCGGGCUCCUCCGUGUCUGCCCUAGCGGAUGCCACUGCCACGCGUAUGCAUAACUCGGCAAGGUCCCCAUCCUCAGCGCUGUCUUCAGGCUGACUUACUAAGCAGUGACAGGAAGGGGCUUCACACAGCCUGGAAAGUGGGAGGCAAGAUCAUGGAAUUUUCCCACGAGCUUCUUGCAGCCUGCUCUGGGGUCAGAAUGCGUGAUCUGGGAGUGGGUAGCACUAGGACAGGGAACCCCCACCCCCACCCCCCGAGUAGCUGGGUAUUUCUUCACGCUGGCAACCUUGAUGGCUGGCCUAUCUGGCUGGACAGGGUCGACCAGGAGGAGGAAGGCCAGAUGGGUGGGCCCAGGCCUGGGCACCGCCGGGGCCCUGGAUGAGGAGGGCAGAGAGGGCAGCCACCUUGGUGGCCUCUCUCAGCGUUCCUCCAGAAUUGGUGGACACCUGCUGGGUCAAUAGGAAAGUGGGUGCAGCGGUCCCGCCAUCCGUCCCGUUGGCUGGUUAGGUUAAAAAGCCGGCCUCCCCGGGCAUGCACACCCUGCUGGCAGAGCAUGGGGAAUCCAGUGGAGAUG